CACACUGUCUAAUUUGCUUCUCGCGCCUCCUAUCCCUGAGGGUGACAGGGAGUGACGCAGGGCAGACGGAGAAAACUAGGGCUGGAGGGUGAGGACAGGGAGAACGGCGGGGAUGUUGGCAGGACUUUAGCGUUCAUUUCACAGCUUCAAGCCGGGACGGCCUGCCCGCGUGCACAGAGGACAUGAGAGUCACCUAUAUUUAUUUUUUCCUGUGAGAGAUAAUAAAAUAAUAAUAAGAAGAAGAAGGCAUCAUCACCUCAUCCUUGGGGCGGAUCAGUUUGGACACACUCCCAGGUAACAUUGACCCCCGCCUCUGCACAUGGGAAAGUAGCCUAGUCAUUCCGUUUUCUUACUGAACACCCAAGUUGUAAAUCGCCUCUCUCAGUUGGAGGAUAUUUUUGGACACCCUCUUUCCGGCAUUUUCAGUAAGUCUCCAUCAUGAACUACCUGCGUCGACGACUCUCGGACAGCAAUUUCAUGUCCAACCUGCCCAAUGGCUACAUGACCGACCUCCAACGUCCUGACCCGCAAAGCCCCGCAGCAGUGUCGCCCGGGCCGACGGAGAGGCGCCAGUCCACCAGCCAGCCGCAGCCGCAGCCUCCUCAGCAGCCGCAGCAGCCUCAACAGCAGCCGCAGCCUGGAGGUGGAGGCUCCGGCGGAGGCUUCUUCUCAUCCAUAUCCAAUGCCGUCAAACAGACCACAGCUGCUGCGGCUGCGACCUUAUCCGAGGCAGCGGACCGGGCAGGAGUCUCCAGCAGUGCCAAAAUCCUCCUGGUUAUCGAUGACCAGCAGACCGACUGGGUAAAGGUCUUCAGAGGAAGAAAGGUCCACGGUGAAUUUGACAUCAAGGUGGAACAGGCAGAAUUCUCUGAAAUCAGCCUGGUGGUCAAUUCCAUGGGCACCUACAAUGUGGACAUUGAUGCCAUUAGGAAUGGGCAUAAGGUUACUAAAUCCUUAAAGCCAGACUUUGUGCUGAUCAGACAGCAUGCCUUCAGCAUGGACAAGAACGGAGACCACCGGAACAUAGUGAUUGGACUGCAGUAUGCUGGGCUGCCGAGUGUUAACUCUUUGCACUCUGUCUACAAUUUCUGUGACAAACCAUGGGUGUUCGCUCAGAUGUCUCGACUCCACAAGCAACUGGGCCCAGUGGAGUUCCCACUGAUAGAGCAGGUUUACUAUCCCAACCACAAGGAAAUGAUUACCUCCCCUCGCUUCCCUGUAGUGGUAAAGAUGGGCCAUGCUCACUCAGGAAUGGGAAAGGUGAAAGUGGACAAUCAAUAUGAUUUUCAAGAUAUUGCCAGUGUUGUGGCGCUGACCAAGACUUAUGCCACAUCUGAGCCCUUCAUUGAUGCAAAGUAUGAUGUCCGCAUCCAGAAGAUUGGCAACAAUUACAAAGCUUACAUGAGAACAUCAAUUUCUGGCAACUGGAAAACCAACACUGGCUCAUCUAUGCUCGAGCAGGUGGCCAUGUCAGACAAGUACAGAAUGUGGGUGGACUCUUGUGCAGACAUCUUUGGAGGGUUGGAUAUCUGUGCUGUGGAGGCUCUACAUGGUAAAGAUGGCAAGGACUAUAUUAUAGAGGUUGAUGACUGUUCAAUGCCACUGAUUGGGGACCAGCAGGACGAGGAUCGUGUUCAGAUUGCAGAUCUGGUGAUUUCUAAGAUGAACCAGAAUGUUCCACGCACUUUAAGCUCUUCCACAGCAGGGCAGCCAGUACAGAAAGCAGUGUCUCCUCAGCCUGUCUCACAGCCCAAAGUACCCCAGGCUCAACAGCGCCCCUCACCUCAAGGUGGUCCUCAGCAAAGUCCCCCAUCUCAGCAGCGCCCACAGCCUCAAGGCCAACCUCCUGCACAGGCGCAGCAAUCAGCUGCGAACCCUGCUGCCGGGGAGCCCAGCGCCCAGGCUAAGGCUAACCAAGGACCCGCGGCCCAGCCACGGCCACCGGGUCAGGGAUCCCCUCAAGGCCAGCGACCUCCUUCUGGCCAGGGCUCUCCUCAGCGGAGCCAGGGAGGUUCACCUCAGGCUCAGAGGCAACAAUCUGUCUCCCAGCAGCAGAAAGCUGCAGGAGGCCCUGGCCAGAAACCUGCGGCAGGCCAACCUCAGCAGAGGCCGGCCCAGCCCCCCAGGCAGCAGUCACUGGGGGGGGCACAGCAACAAAGGGCUCCAGGGCAACAGGGUCGCCCUGGAGGACCCACCACCCAGCAGCCCCGGCCUGCUGCUCAGGGCCAGGGGGGCCCAGGAGGACGACCCCCGCUGCAGCAAAAGCCUCCGCCCCCACAAAAGCCCAGUCAGGACAACCAGGCCAUGGGUGGCUCCCCACAACUAAAAAACCCCAGCGCCACGAGCCAGCCUUAGCCAGGACGAGGUGAAGGCUGAAACCAUUCGCAAUCUACGCAAAUCUUUU